CUAUUUUAGCACCCGUUCAACAUUUGGUAGAUUUGGUAAUGAUAUGGCCGAUAUGGCGAUGUGACGACACUAGCGCGUGCGCUUUUAAAUUUCUGAUUGAUUCCACUAUAUGUAUUAUAUCCACUAUAUACUGUAUGCCAAAGAGCUCGUGGUCUGUUCCUGUUUAAAGUGAUGGCAUUUUCGAUAAUAAGUCUACGGCAUUUAUACAAAAUAUGCAAUGCAAACACAGCAACCUUACAUACAGCGCUCCGGCUACCAAUUGCUCGGAGAUCAGUUGUUCAAGCCGUGCAAAGACAUUAUUACAACACUGAAGCGCACAGACCGAAAAUAACAGGUAGCUUAACGAACAUUCAAUCGACCGGCGGUACUGUACAAUCUUUGACACAAGAUGGAUUAGAUAAUAAGAAACUAGAUGAAGAAGCAAGGGAAGAAGCUGAGGAACAUGAGAAACGUGAAAGAGCCAAGAACCGUCUUAAACUUGGUUUUGCACUUUUGGGAGUAUCACUUACUGUUGGAAUGUCCUAUUUUAUAUAUGAUUUAACAAGACCAAGAUAUGACGAACAAGGGAAUAUUAUCAACGAUGAAUUUUCAAAUCUACCAUUUUACGAGAGAAUAUAUAAACUCAUCAGGAGGGAAUUGAACUAUUACAAAAAGAUGGUGCAAGAACCAAGUAGAACGAAACUGCUUCCAGACCCACUCAAAUACCCUUAUAUUCAACCGCCUUACACUUUGGUACUAGAACUAACGGACGUACUAGUGCACCCUGAUUGGACAUAUGAAACUGGAUGGAGGUUUAAAAAACGACCUGGCAUAGACCAAUUCCUCGAAGCCAUAGCUCCUCCACAGUUUGAAAUUGUGGUAUACACAGCGGAGCAGGGAAUGACAGUUUUUCCUAUCUUGGAUAUCCUGGAUCCUAACGGAUACAUUAUGUACAGACUAGUAAGGGAUACAACGCGCUUCGUGGAUGGUCAUCACGUUAAAGAUUUAGACGCGCUCAACCGUGAUCUUAGUAAAGUGAUAGUAGUUGAUUGGAACGAAAAGAGUACAAAAUUCCAUCCGGAGAACACUCUGCGGCUACCGCAAUGGACCGGUGAUAACGAUGACACGACGUUAUAUGAUCUAGCUGCAUUCCUUAAAACUAUACUAGCAACAAAUGUGGAAGACGUCCGGGAAGUUCUUAAUUAUUACAGGCAGUUUGACAAUCCAUUGGAAGUGUUUAAAGAGAACCAACGAAAAUUUUUGAUGCAGCAAGAAGAGGAAGAAACUAAAGCUAAACAAGAAAGUAGUAAAGUGCUUACGUCUAAAUGGAAACCAUCCUUUAACUGGAACCGCUAAAGCAUUAGAAUGAGACACGAUAAUUGUAAAAUACAAUAAAUUGUAAAUUACGUUCGUGAUACUGUGUAA